AUGAAGGCGGCAAGGCAAUUGGGUAAUCUACUUUGGAGAAGUGGAGACAAGUACACUUCAAUCUCAAAUGCAUUAUCUUCUCCCGCUAACAGGAAAGAUCUGCAGAAAAUCCACUCUCUCCUGAUCACUCUUGGUUUGCAGAACUCUGCAACCUUCUUAGGCAUAUUGAUCACCAAAUACUCUCAAUUCAAAGAUACUCAUUCCGCUUUAUUAGUUUUUGGUGGGAUUUCUCCUCAAAACGAUGUUUAUGUGUGGAAUACGAUCAUUAGAGCGAUGACCCACAACAGAUGCUACACAAAAUCAUUAGAAUUUUACGCGGAAAUGAGAGAUUUGGGGGUGAAGCCUGAUAAUUACACAUUCCCUUCUGUGAUCAAUGCUUGUGGGAGUUCGAUGGAUUUUGAGAAAGGGAGAGCUGUUCAUGACCAUGUUGUGGAGUUGGGUUUUCAAUUUGAUCUGUAUAUAAGUAAUGCCCUGAUAGAUAUGUAUGCAAGGUGUCACGAAUUGGGGUAUGCUCAACUAGUAUUUGAUGGAAUGCCCCACAGAGAUAUAGUAUCUUGGAACAGUUUGAUUUCUGGAUAUACUUCUAAUGGCCACUACAAGGAAGCAUUGGAAGUUUAUCAUCAGCUGAGAAUGGAUGCUUUGUUGCCUGAUUCCUUUUCAUUAUCGAACGCCUUACUGUCUUGUGGCGGAUUAGGGGAGGUUGUAGAGGGUGAAGUAGUUCACUGCUUGGUUGAGAAGCUUGGAACACGCAUAGAUGUAAAUGUCAGCAAUGCGUUGCUGGCAAUGUAUUUUAAGUGUGAUGUGCUGGCUAACUGCAGGAGGAUUUUUAGUGAGAUGGUUCAUCGAGAUAGUGUCACAUGGAAUACCAUUAUUAGUUCAUAUUUCGAAUCAGGUUUGUAUCAUGAGUCGAUGAGGUUAUUCUUGGAGAUGGUGAGACAUUCUAAACCAGAUAUUUUGACAAUCACAUCCGUUCUUCGUGCUUGUACCUGUGUUGGGGACUUGAAUAUGGGAAGAUACGUUCAUGAUUACAUGCUUAACAAUGGAUAUGAGUGCAAUAUAGUGGCCACUAAUAUUGUUAUCAACAUGUAUGCAAAGUGUGGUGAUGUGGUCCAAGCAAGGCAAGUGUUUGAAAAAGCCAAAAACCAGGAUUUGGUGUCAUGGAACUCACUUCUUGAUGGAUAUGUUGAAAAUGAGUUGUAUCAGGAAGCAAUAGAGCUUUUCAGGAGGAUGAGGACAAAUUUUCAACCUGAUUUUGUCACAUAUGUGACACUACUUCCUAUGUCUUCUGGACUAACAAACCUGAAUUUCACUGAGGAACUCCACUGCGAUAUAAUAAAACGAGGGUUUGGUUCCACUCAAAUUGUGGGUAACGCUCUUGUGGAUGUGUAUGCCAAAUGUGGAAAAGUAGAGGAUUCUUUCAAACAGUUUGAGAGUAUGAAAUUUCGAGAUACAGUUACAUGGAACUCAAUAAUUGCAUCAUGCAGUCACUCUGAUAGCCGUAUUCUUGGUCUUAGAAUGCUUAGCAAGAUGAGAUUAGAGGGUAUAAUACCAGAUAUACCUAGUUUUCUAAGUUCAUUGCCUUUUUGUUCUUAUCUCAUGGCCAAGCGACAAGGGAAGGAGAUGCAUUGCUGCAUUUUCAAAUUUGGUUUUGAUUCCAAUAUUCCUAUUGGAAAUGCUUUGAUUGAAAUGUACUCAAAAACUGGGAGCUUAAGAAAUUCAAUACUGGUGUUUGAGAAAAUGAAAGAGAGGGAUUUAGUUUCAUGGACGACAAUUAUUUCAUCAUAUGGGAUGUAUGGUGAAGGAGGAAAAGCUCUUGAAGCUUUUGAGCACAUGAAGGUAGCUGGUAUUCUUCCAGAUCAUAUUGUCUUCAUUGCUGUUCUGUACGCAUGUAGCCAUUCUGGUUUGGUGCAAGAAGGUCGUAUUUGCUUUGAGCAAAUGAGGACAGAACACAAUAUUGUGCCUAGGAUGGAACACUAUGCUUGCAUAGUUGAUCUUCUAUCAAGGUCUGGCCUCUUGGCUGAAGCCGAGGAGUUCAUUUCUUUAAUGCCAUUGAAGCCUGAUGCAAGUAUAUGGGGAGUACUACUCAGUGCCUGCCGAGCCAAUGGUGACAUGAAGAUUGCAGAACGUGUUGCAGAACACAUUCUUCAACUUGAUACUUGUGAUCCUGGAUAUCAUGUUUUGGCCUCAAAUGUAUAUGCUGCCUCAGGAAGGUGGGAUCAAGUGGGAGUGAUAAGGAAAUCCUUCAAAGCUAAUGGACUCAAAAAAGACCCUGGUUGUAGUUGGCUGGAGAUUUCCACACUGUUGCAAAAUACAUAUGAAAAAUCAUGAUUUGGAAAUACUAGUCACUAGUCAGAGAUGCAAGCCACUUUCAUCUGUAAAAAGACAACCUGUUGCUGUAGCCUGUAGGUAUUAUUGGUGAUUGCAUCGCACAUAUGAACCUUUUAUUGUAGGAGGAAAGGGGAGUUUGGACAAGACGCCUGUCAUAUGAAGAUCAUCUGUAUGGUACUAGACCACGGAAAGGCAGACAAAGUCAGUACUUGGUUUUAAGUUCCAUGUGCUUGACCUUAGAAAGAGUUGGUCUGGUUAUUAUGACCACCUACCUGAAGGUCAAUUAUCUCUUCCAGUAUGC